AUCGCUUGGACAGAAAGCAAAGAAGAGAAAAAACACACACGUCACAAUUACUACAAAAAUACUUACGCGUGUGAAGAAGAAAAGUUAACAAAUAUGCCUAAACAGUUGGCGGAUUUUCAGCCGUCAAGGUUUCAAUUCUAUCAAAAGGUGGCACUGGGCAUCCUACUGAUAGCCUUUUUGCUUUCGCUGCCGGCAAUAUGUCAGAGUCAAGGUGCCAGUUUUAAAUACUCCCGCGAAGCAAAUGAAAAUUUUGAUGCAAAGAAUGCGCCGCCGGUAGUCCAUGAUCAUCACGACCACGAUCAUGACCAUCAUGAUCACCAUGGACAUGACCAUCAUGAUCACCAUGGACAUGACCAUCAUGAUCAUCAUGAUCACCACGGACAUGACCAUAAUGAUCAUCAUGGACACAACCAUCACCACCAUGAUCAUGAUCAACAUGAUAAAAAGCCGGCGUCAUUAGAUAUGAAGAGCAUUUGGAUGCACUCAAUGGGCUCGACGCUGCUUAUCAGUGCCGCUCCCUUCGUGCUACUCUACAUUAUUCCAUUAGAUAAUAGCGAGGCAAUGAAACCCCGACUAAAAGUGUUGCUAGCAUUUGCGUCCGGUGGUUUGCUGGGCGAUGCUUUUCUACAUUUGAUACCACAUGCCACGCAUCCGCACAGUCACGGCGAGCAUGGCCACGACCAUGACCACGAUCAUCAUCAUCAUGAGGAAGCCGAGGGCGAGGGUCAUGGUCAUGUGCAUGAUAUGAGCGUUGGACUCUGGGUGCUCGGUGGCAUUGUUGCCUUUCUGUCUGUUGAGAAAUUAGUGCGCAUACUUAAAGGAGGCGACGGAUCUGGUGGACAUGGACACAGUCACAGCGCAUCAAAACCCGUUGUCAAGGAGAAGGAGACUGGGGCGGGGGAUAAGAAAAAGUCAAAACCGAAACCGAAGGCAGCUGCCAAGACAACUGAUGAUGACGAGGGAGAAGUGGAAAUUUCUGGUUAUUUGAAUUUGGCCGCAGACUUUGCGCACAAUUUCACUGAUGGUCUGGCCAUUGGUGCUUCCUAUCUGGCAGGCAACAGCAUUGGCAUUGUUACUACCAUCACCAUACUGCUGCACGAAGUGCCGCACGAGAUUGGCGAUUUCGCCAUACUCAUCAAAUCCGGCUGCUCACGCCGCAAGGCCAUGCUGCUCCAAUUGGUGACAGCGCUGGGCGCUUUGGCGGGCACUGCGCUGGCUCUGGUGGGUGCAGGGAGCAGCGACGGCAGCUCGGCGCCCUGGGUGCUACCGUUUACAGCCGGUGGUUUCAUAUACAUUGCCACGGUUAGUGUGCUGCCCGAAUUGCUGGAGGAGUCGACGAAGCUGAAGCAAUCCUUGAAGGAAAUCUUUGCGCUUCUGACAGGCGUUGGGCUCAUGAUCGUUAUAGCUAAGUUUGAAUAAUUGAUACUACAGUGCAGCUAAUUAUAGCUUUGUUUCAGCAACUAAAAUAUUUGGUGUGAUUAAACAAAUAUAUAUGGCCCAAUAGUA